UUAUUUGCAAAAAUGAGAUAAAGGAUCUUAAUGAAACAUUGAAUUGUGGCGAGUGCGCGCGUUGUGUGAAGUUUGGAAAUAAAGGAUAUUUGUUAAAAGGAACCUUGUUAAUAGCAGAGGGACUGUGUUGAAAUUUGCCAAUGAUUUUAUGCUAAAAGAUAGAGUGGAAUUAAUUUGUAACGAUGGAUGCUUCCAUGCUAAGGUGGAAGAUCGCCUGGGCCAUACUAUUAUUAUCAGUAAUUAGGAGGGUUAGCAAUACGCAAUCAUCAUCAGAAAGUACCACAGAAAUCGAAUAUAGUAUAAGUAGCAGUACAAGUAUUGGAAUAGGAGCAAAUAAAAUAGUAACAGAAUCGUCUGGUGCUGGUGAACGGACGUUACGGCCGACAAAUCACUCGAGGGAAGCUUUAGCACAUUCGGCCAGCGAACACGAAUCGGUAAUCUUCAUCGACAACGACACAGGCUACAUACCUGUUCCUGCUUUAAGGCAUCGUAACCUUCCCUCCCAUGAAGAAUUGGAUUGGCAAAAUCCCGUCGAUUCUUGGGAUAGAGAAUAUAGAAGGAUUCGAUGGAAUAACACAAAAGUACAACAUAUCGAAGCGGAAUGUCAAGAUGAUUACAUGAAAAUUAGAGUCGGAUUUAAUGGCACCUUCACGGGACUAGUCUAUUCUGCAGGAUACGCAUACGAUCCAGAUUGCAUGUACAUAAAUGGUACCGGAAGAGAUUACUACGAGUUUUACAUACAACUAAACAGAUGUGGAACAUUGGGAAAAAAUGGGCACAAUGAAGACAAUCGUCAACUGCCGUCGAAAAAUUUCAUGUGGAAUACAGUAACCGUUCAGUACAAUCCCUUAAUAGAAGAGGAAUUCGAUGAACAUUUUAAAGUAACUUGCGAAUACGGUUACGAUUUUUGGAAAACUGUAACCUUUCCAUUUUUAGACGUAGAAGUGGCAACAGGCAAUCCCGUAGUUUUUACUUUGACACCUCCUGAGUGUUACAUGGAAAUUAGGUACGGGUAUGGAACAAAUGGUAAUCGUGUCACCGGCCCAGUUCGUGUUGGCGAUCCGCUUACUCUAAUAAUUUACAUGCGAAGUAAAUACGAUGGAUUUGAUAUUGUUGUUAAUGACUGUUACGCUCACAAUGGUGCCACUAAAAAGAUCCAACUCAUUGAUGAAUAUGGAUGUCCAGUUGAUGACAAACUCAUCUCAAGGUUCAGAGGAUCUUGGUCAGACACAGGCAUAUUUGAAACGCAGGUUUUUGCCUACAUGAAAACAUUUAGGUUUACCGGUUCACCAGCUUUAUACAUAGAAUGUGACGUUCGUAUGUGCCACGGUCGUUGCCCGAGUCAACCCUGUCAUUGGAGAAACCUCAACAAGAGUGUAAGUAAAAGAUCAAUCGAUGACAUCAAUACUACAACCACGCCAUCUUUAUCGGAAAAUGUCAAUUUGUUCCAAUCUUUGCGUGUUUUGCAAGAGGGAGAAAGCGAAAAUGAUCACGAUUUACUGAAGGAAACAUUGGGUAGCAGUUCUUUAAACCACGUCUGUUUGAGGACUGGUUGGUUCUCGGCUUUAUUAGCAUUAGGAGCCGGCAUUAUGUGCCUUUUAAGCGGUGCCUUGUUAGCAACGUGCUCGAAAAUGAGGCGAAGCGCAAUUGAUAAGGUUUUGGGACCAAAGCAGUUCGAUGGAUAUAUGACACACAAGGGCAGCAUUAAUUAAGGCAACAAGCAUGGGCUACCCAUUAUUUUUAAUUUCUACUAAUUACAAUAGCUUUGUUUUUAUGAAUACGUAUGUGGAGGACUGUGAUUAUAGAUUGAAUCAAAUAUCAACUAAUACAGAGAAUAUAUUUAUAGAUACUUACUUAUAAAGUAACAUAUCAAAGAUUCGUCGUUAUAAUCCACUUCUCCAAUAUGUG